AUGUCUGGGAUGGGGGAGCUCGAGUAUGAGCAAGAGAAGUUUGAGCGGAGCAAUGGUUCUAUCCUGUGUCGCAAGCAGUUGAUUUUUGCAAAAUGUUCCACACAAGGUUGCCCCUGGAAGCACAAUAUUGAGCCCGGCGACGUUAAGCCGUUGUGCAGAGAUCAUUUCUUGAGGAAAAACUACUGCUCUCGAGAGGAAAAUUGCCCAUUGAUCCACAUAUCAUCCGGCGUUCAAUUACCGUCCGGCGUUUUGAGAGAGGCCCAAGUGGCUGAAUCAAGACCUACUUUAAGCCAGAUGCCGAGAGCUGCUUCAGGCGCCGAUAACGAUAGUAUUAGCCGGCAGCAUGUCUCGAAACAGCAACGAGAUGCUGCCAUGGCCGCACUUCCAAAGGUGGGAGUCGACAACCGAAGUACUGGCAAGGCCAAUAUUGUAAUAGAGGCACAGAAUUCUGUGAUGAAUGGCGGUGUAUCAUUGACUAACCAGGCGGAUCUAUCACAAGCCGAGAGGUCAAUGGACUACGAUGCCCCCCUUAGAUAUGUUAUUGAUUCAAUCACAGUUGGGAGACCAGACAACGGCCCUACUGCAAGUUCUUCUAUCUUUAAAUCUCCUUCAGGCGGGAAUUUCUACAAUGGACAAGCGAACUAUGAUAAUGAGCCACGGGGAGGAUCUACGCCGGCUAUGAACCAUAUCCAACCGCCUAGGGACAGUUCAAUUAUCCAUAGACCAGAAUCUAGUCGUUCACCAUACAAUCCCAGCCUUAACAGGCACGCAUCAUAUCAAGGGAUGGCAAGAGAGGUAUCCCGUCCGUCCGUAUAUCAAAAUGACGUCAUGCACGAACAACGAGUGAUGAAUUAUGAUCAACCACCGCCGCCGCCGCCGCCACCACCACCACCACCGCCGCCGCCAAUGCGGGCACCAAAUUUUUACCCCCAUAGACAAACCCACCACAGAAGCAAUCAAAAUAGUUCAUUUCAUGGUAAUGACAAUGGUUUUCAGGAAUAUUCGAAUGAGGGGAUAUAUCAAGAUCAAUUUCUCCCGAGCCAUGCUCCUCUACCCCACGCGAAUAACACUGGAGGUGGUCAGCAAAGCUUUAGGCCAAUCGGUCAAAGUAACACCAAAUCAGGACCGAAUGGCGGUGUUUUUUCUGUUAGUGCCUCUCAAACGGACUCUACCCCCCCGAAUAGAAAUAAACCAAAACAAGCCAUUAAUAUCCAGAAUGAGCUACUUCAGCUUAUGAGGAAUACAGGUGGAAAUAUCCCAGCUCCGCGCGAUGUGAUAUUACAAAAAAGGAUGCAUGGAGGAAGAGGACGCACCCCGGGCGGACCUAGCUUUCCCAAUGGUCAAUGGCCCAAUCAAGCAGCAGCAGGUAACCUCGGUACUUUGCAGAGUCAAGGUUCUCUGGCAAGGGAGAUAGCAAUUCCUCAAACAUUUGGUGGCGAUCAAUCUCGGAAACCCACGGGUCCCAGGACUGGUUUUCGGCAAGAAAACAGCGGCUAUCAUUACUCCAAGGGUUCAGUUGAUCGGUUCGAAAAUGGACCCUCAAACACUGGAGGAUACAACAACGGUAACAGUGGGGGAUACAACAACGGUAACACUAGAGGGUACACCAAUGGUAACAAUGGAGGGUACACCAACGGUAACAACGGAGGGUACACCAACGGUAGCAACGGAGGGUACACCAACGGUAGCAACGGAGGGUACACCAACGAUAGCAACGGAGGGUACACCAACGGUAACAACGGAGGGUACAUCAACGGUAACAACGGAGGGUACAUCAACGGUAACAAUGGAGGAUAUACCAGCGGUAGAGGGACUACAGCUCGCCAGCAGUUUGCGACUCCCUCAGCUAAAUUUCCCGGAUCCUUUAGGACUGACUCAAGCGCACAUGGCUCUGUGGGUUCGCCCGUUGACCGUGAUUAUCAACCAGGAUACUCAAUAUCCGGAAAUAAAACCAUGAAUAGUCGCAGUCCAGGAAGUGGUGUAUCCAACUCCAGGCAAGGAAGACCCUUUCAGACUGGAUCCGAGUCCUUGGGAUAUUCAUUAGUCGGUGGCGACAACCACCCGCCAGAUAACACAGCGAGAAUAAGCCCCCAAGACCACAACUGGACCUCUGAUCUGAAUAAAAGAGGUGAGAUGAAUUAUCAAAUUGACAGCAGAAAUAAGCUACAGGAUAGAGAAACCUUUCAUCCAACUGCCAAUGGUACGAUGGCCCUAGUGAAUUACACUCCCCCAAACCGCAGAAUUGAAAACAAUCAUGCCCCGACAAAUAAUAGAUAUCAGCCACAACAUGCAGAAAAGCGGACUCUUAUAGAACCCUCGCAUCUACCAGCUAUUAAAUGCGGAGAUGUAAAGAAUUCUCAUGGUGGCAAGUAUAAUAGCAGGCUUGGGUCAGGGCUACACACAAAUCAGAACCUGAUUUCCAAGAUACGUCAACCAAAAGACGACCCGAAUGACCAUCAACCGGGCUUAUUACAUUAUACAGCUGAAAAUUCAGACUCGGGCUCUGAAAGUUCGGGCAGGUACACACCCGAGCUGUUCCAACAAGCGGACCUCUCUAUUAGGCAUUCGCCCAAGCCCGAGCCCUAUGUCGACCGGAAUGCAGUGAGAUUGUUUUGGGAUAAUGAAAGGGAAACUCAAAAGGAAACAAAUCCGGAUCCCUGGAUUGAUAUUUUGUCACCGGGGAAAAAUGAAUCGUCAGAAAAAAAGGCCCCUGCAGAAAAAAAGGCCCCCACAAGGAAUCACCCCGCGAGCACUGAUACAGUGUUUGAUGACGUGAAGGUUUUCUUACCAGAGAGUAUAACGAAUAAGGAGGGCACGCGGAGCGAAGAUCCUAUUCUGGCCGCCAAUUUACAAAAACCCGGCCAGUUUACCAAGGGUAAUAUCUCUGUUGCUGAAGAAAAAUCGGGCGAGAAAGGUUUCAACCCAAUACCACUGCCACUGCUAACACCAGUAUCGCCACUGACGCCGACGCCAUCUUUACCAACACCAGCACCCCCUACGCCAUCUGUACCAGCGCCAGAACCACCGACGCCCUCACCAACAACACCGGCACCACCGACACCAUCUCUGCCAGCGCCGGCACCACCGACACCGUCUCUGCCAGCGCCGGCACCACUGGCACCACCGACGCCGUCUAUAGUAAUACCGAUACCACCAACACCACCCCCAAUAACGCCGACACCACCGACGCCGUCUACAAUAAGACCGACACCACCGACGCCGUCUACAAUAAGACCGACACCACCGACGCAGUCUCGGUCAGCACCGGUAUCACCUCCACCUGCAUCUCUUUUAUCAUCUUCACGGCCUGUCACGGGUGCUCCUAAAUCAAACCCCAAGUACAAAAAUCGAAACGUAAAGGCGAAGUCUUCCGCCCCUGCCACCGUUCCUGAAAGUGCCUCUGACCCUAUUCGUGCCCCCGUUCCUGCUCGCGUUUCUACUUCGGCCCGUAUUCUGGACAAUGUUCCUAUUCCCUCCCUCAAAUGGGUAGAACAAAACGCAAAGGUGACUCCGUCCCCCUAUCCUCGAGUAGCAAAAGAAAACCCUAAGGACGAGCCUUCUACAACUCCUCGGGCGGGGGCUUGCUGGUUUUGUGAGGGUAAUCAUGGGGGUCCUUGUCAAGAAAAGGGUCUUGCAAGUUCAAAAACCAGGAGAAAUCGGGUCAAUGAUGACGACGUCGAUACAUGGGAUUUUCAAGGGAUCAACAAACAAUGGUCCGAUGAUGAGGCUAUUGAGAAACGGGAAGCUAGAAAGACCGGGAAGAAAAAUAAGUAUCGGAUCAGAAAAGCCCAUGCGGCCAGAGAUUUGCCAGAUCAGGAUGAUAAUGGAGGCGUACCUCUUGGUAAAUUCAUGGGAGCCGAAGCUGUCCAGUCUACAAAGUUGGUUCCAAAAAAGAGGGAAAAAAAGAAAACCCCCAAGGAAGGAGUUGCUUUGAAUGGAAACGUUGAAAGAGCAGAGUCGGUACCAGACGAGCCCCUCGAAGCGCCGAAAUUCGAUGGACCAAAAUCAGUAAUGGUUAGAGCUGACAGGAGCCAUAUUGGACGUUACUCUGAUGGAGCAGUCACCGGCAUUAGAAAAUUGUCCGAAGACACUUUGACGACGAUUUUCAGCUAUCUCGCCGACGGCCUCAUGCCGGAGGACCAAAUGGAAACGAAAAAUGUCCACAUUGGAAAUAGCUUCAAAUUUGAUACCAGCUUUACCACAACAAGGUAUCGACGUCUGAGGGCAGUUCUCCGUUCCUGCCACUAUUGGCGUCAUCUAGGCCAACAGAUUGUCUGUAAGUAUGUCAAUCUGAACAAACUUCCUAGUUUUGAGCGGUUUGUCCGGACAAUCAGCGAAGACGAGGAAUUGGGUAAUAUGGUCCGCGCCAUCAAAGUAAACAUACAUGGUGGGGCAUCAUAUAUGGCCCAUGACAGAAGUCCUUCAAAGCAGUUAGCGGAGAUGCCAAAAGUCAGUGAUUUGGCACAACUAUUUACCAGGAUGAUGCAGAGCUGCCCCCAACUUCAAGUACUAUCGGUGAACAUGCAUGGUGCUAUCAUGGGAUUUAACCUGGUUUUCGAGAAAUUUCCAAUGAUGAGAGAAAUUCAAAUCAAGGAUGACAAGAGCAAGGGCAUUGUGGCCCAUAAUAUUUGGAUCAAUUUGUCGAGAAACUAUCCAAACCUGGAGAAUUUCAGGAUUUUUCAUUGUCAGGAGAACGCUGCAACAAACUUCAAUAACCUCAAAAAUUCAAAGAUCUUCCAGUUAAAAGGUGGCAACGAAAUCAUUUUGAAGGCGCUUACGAUGGAGCGAUGUCCGGAAAUUUCUGAUAGGAGUCUGGCAGCUCUUUGCCCGAAGCUUAAAAACUUGACGACCCUUGUGAUUGUGGAUUGCAAAUUAGUUACUUCUGGAGGUAGUCUUUCGGGUUUCAAAACAUAUUCAUGA